UCCGAACCGCGGUCGGGCAGCAGCAGAGACAACUCACCGCCAGUCAGCCAGCAAAUUGGCAGAACAGAAAGACAAAGCUAGUGAGUGAGUUUAGUUUGAGAUUCGGGUAUCGGAGUAGUGAAAUUCGGUGAAUUUUCGUGUGUCACUUCUGUCUGGUCGUGACCCGUGUGUCGUAGCGGGUUUCGCGGUCACGGUGUGGUUCCAGCAAUCGGCAGACUAGCAGCGUUUGAUUAAAUCCCUAGGAUACGGUCGCCUCUGUGCAUAUCGUGGCUGAAUUUUAACGCGAAGGAAACGCAGCCAAAAACCAAGCAGAAAAAUUUUCACAGGAAAAUCUAGGCCAAACAUCAGUGGAAAAUGUUAGCGCGACAGGUUAUCCUGAAUGGUGCAUCAAACGCACUGAAGAGCAUCUCGGCAGCGGCCACCUCCUCGCCCAAAAAGACCCUCUCGAAGGCGGUCGCUUCGGUAGCAGCCCGCGAAUACCAUGAGGUCACCGGAGACAUCAUCGUCCCGUCGAUGGUCAUGGGCAUCGAUCAUCUGCGCGAUCCUCGGCUGAACAAGGGUCUAGCCUUCACCCUGGAGGAACGGCAAAUCCUGGGCAUCCACGGAUUGCAACCGGCCCGCUUCAAGACCCAGGACGAGCAGCUGGAAUUGUGUCGGAUCUCGAUCUCACGCUACCAGGAGGAUCUGAACAAGUACCUUUACCUGGUCGAUCUGCAGGACCGAAAUGAGAAGCUGUUCUUCAGGCUGAUCUCGGAGGACGUGGAGAAGAUGAUGCCGAUCGUCUAUACGCCGACGGUCGGUUUAGCCUGUCAGAAGUUCGGUCUGAUCUAUCGACGACCCCGCGGGUUAUUUGUGACGAUCAACGAUCGAGGUCACGUGUACGAUGUCCUACGGAAUUGGCCAGAACCGGACGUGCGUGCCAUCGUGGUAACCGAUGGGGAGCGUAUUUUGGGUUUGGGAGACUUGGGAGCCUGUGGAAUGGGUAUUCCUGUAGGAAAGUUGGCUCUCUACACGGCGUUAGCUGGCAUCCCACCGCAUCAGUGCUUGCCGAUUGUGAUCGACGUCGGUACCAAUAACCAGAGCCUACUCGAGGAUCCUCUCUAUAUUGGACUGCGGCAUAAACGUGUCCAGGGUAAGGAGUACGAUGACUUUAUUGACGAAUUUAUGGAGGCUGUUGUGAAGCGCUACGGACAGAAUACGCUGAUUCAGUUCGAGGACUUCGGUAACCACAAUGCCUUCCGGUUUCUGGACAAAUACCGGGAAACUUACUGUACGUUCAAUGACGACAUCCAGGGAACGGCUUCGGUUGCGGUAGCUGGUCUACUGGCUUCGAAGCGAGUUACCGGAAGGAAGAUUUCGGAGAAUACGUUCCUGUUCCUAGGAGCAGGUGAGGCGGCGAUCGGUAUUGCUGAUCUGGUGGUGAAGGCUAUGCAGGCAGAGGGUUGCACAUUGCAGGAAGCCCGUGACAAGAUUUGGCUAUUCGAUAUCGAUGGUCUACUUGCGAAGGGACGCCCUGAGGGUCAUAUGGGUGGUCACAAAGCGUUCUACGUUAAGGAUCAUCGACCGGUGAAGAAUUUCGCCGAAGUGGUUAACGAGGUGAAACCGUCUGUGCUGAUCGGUGCUUCAGCGGCUGGUGGUGCUUUUACGCCUGAAAUUCUGCAGGCGAUGGGUAAGAAUAAUGACCGUCCUAUCAUUUUCGCUCUGUCGAAUCCCACCUCCAAAGCCGAAUGUACAGCACAAGCUGCCUACGACAAUACUGAGGGACGUUGCAUUUUCGCUUCGGGUUCUCCCUUCCCACCGGUUCAAUAUGGAGGUAAGACUUACUACACCGGCCAGGGCAACAAUGCGUACAUUUUCCCGGGUGUAGCUCUGGGUGUUAUUGUCACCGGAACGCAUCAUAUCCCGGAGGACAUGUUCCUGAUUGCUGCCCAAGCGGUUGCCGACCAGGUUGCCCAGGAAGAUCUAGACAAGGGUUCCCUCUAUCCCCCGCUGGGAGCUAUUCGAGGCUGUUCGGUUGACAUAGCAGUUGGAGUGACCAAAUUUGCCUAUCAGAAAGGACUUGCGUCCACCUAUCCGGAGCCAGAGGAUAAACUGGCGUACAUCAAGAGUCACUUGUACAACUUCAACUACGAAACUGCCAUGCCGGUCACCUGGAAGUGGCCCGCCCAGAAGGAAGUUAAGACUCGCCCGAUCACACCGACGAAACUGCAAGCCUGAGAUUUACCUCAGCUGUAAGCAGCAGCACCCCAGUAUUUUAAAACUCAUUUCGUAUCCUGAUGGAAGUUUACGUUAACAAAAACAAAAAAAACCUUAUUUAUUUUAAAACGAAACAUAAGCUAUAAGCUCAACGUGGUUUAUUUUUUCGUGCCGAUUCAGUUUUUAAAGUAGAACAAAAUGUAGAACUAGUUCUAAUUCAUACAGUUGAGAUCACCAAAUUGAAUUACGCUUUGUUUCGAAUGUGAUACCAUGCAGACAGAGAUCUAGAAGAAUGAACGGAUUCAUUCGCACUGUUGAAUAAACGAGCAAAUCUCAUAUCUCAGUUGAGAUCUAAAUAGAUAAAAUACAUCAAUCAACGUUCCUUAUCGCCCCUAAAAUUACGCGCACCUACUCUCCCGCUGGAUGGUAAACUCUGCGGAAUUUCAUGUUUCAAUUAAACAACAACUAGCAACGGUUACAGAGGAGCACUUAACACAAUAUUAGCUUAGAAUAGUAUUCACGUUUUGGUAUGAAAAUUACAGCAACAACAAAGAAAAGAAGAUGAACAUUUAUUGACAUUUGGAUUUUUUAAAUAGCGUAAAAAAUAAGUACUGUCCGUUGUAGAUUUGAAUGUGUAAACAAACGCUGCAAAGCAAUGGCAAAGGCGGAGAAACAUCCUCUUUCGAGGAACGAGAAACAUUGAAAUAAAUCGUAAAUGUAAUCGAAAUGGUUCAA